AUGGUAGCAGCCCCACAACAAGCGACUAAUCAAGUCGCACAAAAUGGGAGCACUACUUUACCCCGAUCCCAUCAUCAACGAACAGGGAGGCCUCCUGCAGCUCCUAAGUCCUAUGACUACCUCUUGAAGGUGCUACUUGUAGGUGAUUCCGAUGUUGGUAAACAAGAAAUUCUGCAAGACUUAGAAGAUGGAUCUGCAGAUUCACCAUUCUGUAGUGGAAGUGCCUAUAAAACGACAACAAUCCUGCUGGAUGGCAAAAGAGUGAAGCUGCAGCUUUGGGAUACGUCAGGUCAAGGCCGAUUCUGCACAAUUAUACGGUCUUAUUCACGUGGUGCUCAGGGUAUACUCUUAGUCUAUGACAUUACAAAUAAAUGGUCUUUUGAUAGCAUCGAUAGAUGGCUUGAGGAAGUGGAAAAGCAUGCACCUGGUGUACCAAAAGUACUAGUUGGGAAUCGGUUACAUCUUGCAUUCAAACGACAAGUACAGGAGCGUGAUGCGGAAUUAUAUGCAGCAAAAAAUCAUAUGGCUUUCUUUGAAGUGAGCCCUCUAUGUGACUUUAAUAUAAGAGAAAGCUUCUGUGAAUUGUCACGCAUGGCCUUGCACAGAAAUGGUAUGGAGAGACUGUGGAGAAGCAAUAAAGUGCUCAGCCUUCAAGAGUUGUGUUGUCGUGCUAUAGUGGCGCGAACGUCUGUGUAUGGCUUAGAACGACUGCCUUUACCAACUACAUUGAAGUCUCAUCUUAAGUCGUAUGCUAUUUCUGCGGCUCCAAGCAGACAUCGUGCUCGCCCUCCAAAACAUCCACAUAAUGCAAGACUUAACUGCACUGGUCGUAAUUCCUGUACAAUUGCAUGA